AUCCGUGCUAAUUCCUCGGUCACAGAACCCCCUUCGAGACCUGCUCCGGCGCCAGAUCGCCCGUCAUUCACUUUCAUCGACCAUGAUGACGACUUAACCUCGAAACGAAUCAAGGAUAUCAAUGCUCGCAAGGCUAUUCGCUCCCACGUGAUGCGCGAUGUGCGACGGCGGGAGCGGCUCGCAGGAACUAAACGGACAUCCAGGCGUGAGAACCGCGGCCAGAACUCAGCCACGAAGUCCAAAUGCAAAGACGAGGUACCAGAAGAGCAAUGUCUGGUUCUCAGAUAUUCUUCUUCUCAGUCUUCAUUUUCGCCCGUAGGCUCUAGUUCGACCGCCUCCCUGUCUACCUCCAAGCACCGGCGCCGCCCGUCACGCUGGACCACUCACCCAUUAGUCUUUCAUUGGAAUCCUAGUCCAUAUUCCUUGCCGACAGCAUGGUUCUGCGAUCCAUUCUGCUCUCUGCCCGGGUCGGGGGAGCUACCCAUGACUGUCGGUACCUUGGUUUACUAUUGGAAGAACACCUUUGUUCCGAUGACAUUCCCAAGUGGCCUGAAGAACUCACAGAUACCAGAACUUGAGUUGAUGGUCAGAUCUUCUUUCUCGGAUCCCGGAAGCUUCUUUGGUUUGAUGACCAUGUGCGCUGCACAUCGAGCUGCCUUGGGGGUAGGUCCCUCGGAUAGGACAGUUGCGACUGAUUUGGUUGCCAAUGACCAAGACUACUGUGUCAUGAAGGGCAAGUCUAUACGUGAAAUGAAUGUCAAAGUGCGAGAUCCUGCACUGGCCUUAACUGAUGAGGCAUUUGAUACCAUUGUGAACCUCCUAACCGGAUCAUUGAUUGCGGGCCAAUUUGAUGAAGCUCGUAUCCACUUGACUGGCCUCAAACACAUGGUGGACCUCCGAGGAGGCAUUGCAGACGAAAGUAUUCGCAGAUCAUCGAUGCUAUCUGCAAUUCUAACGAGCGAUGUAAAAGCAGGUACUGGACUCAUGACCAAACCUGUCUUCCCCUUGACUUGGGAUGCACAACCCGUCCCCGCCGAUAUCCAACAGCGAAUUAGGCCACCUGCUUCAUCCCCGAUUCGGAGAAUUGGAUCUGGAUUCUGGGCCAAUACUCUUCUUAGUCAACCACUCCUACGUAUCUUGACUGUAAUCCAAGACAUGAUUUUCUACAGUAUUACUCUCCGAGCAGCGCCCCAGGCCAUUGAGCAACGUGACCAUGACUUCAUUCACCUCCUGAACUGCGAGGCUGAACACCAAUUGCUCAGUUACAUCUAUACCGAUGAUUCGGAGUCUUCUCAAACCCCCGAACCUGAUCUUGAAAUCCAUCCUAUUGAAUCUGUCACGCGUGUGGCAUCUAUAUGCUUUCUGAACCACCUCUUAAUCGUGUCACCUCCUUCCUCGGGCCUUGGCCGAGCUCUAACAAAACACCUUGUUAAGGAAGUACGCAGAUUCAAGAUUAGUCUGCUUAUGGAGCUGCCAAAAGAAAAUACCGGGCUCUAUGCCUGGUCCUUGUUCAUUGGGGCUCAGGGUUCACUCGGUCACCCCGAGCGACGAUUGUUUGUGGAGCGGCUGGCCCACGUUGCCAUGCUAUGUGGCUGGCAAUCCUGGGAACAGGUAUCUCGAAUCCUAACAGACUACUACUUCAUACCGGAAGCUCAAGGUCCUAGCUGGCAAAUCAUUUGGGAUGAGGCAAUGGCUGGAUUCGUGGUCCCUGGAGAUGCGAUAUCAUGA